AUGCAUUCCACCGUGUUUAUGACCUAUCUACUGGCUUUAUGCAGCCCAGCCCUGGCCCAGCAGUCUUCCGCUGGUGACUCCGGAAACUGCACCGUCUUCAACUGGGACCACCAGCGUCCCACCCUCGGCAGACUACCCCCGCAGCGCGUCAGCGGUGCCCAAACAUGCGAGACCAAAGGGAACGGCACCUGCGCCUUGACAGCCGCCGGCGACGCCCAGUUCGAGGCCACAAAGAACAUCACCACCCUGCAGGGCCACACCUACGCCGACCUGGUGCAGGAAGCCGUGAGCAAAGACUCCGACAUGCCCGCCCCGUCGUUCAAUCAAUCCGUCAUCGGCGCCAUCGACCAAACGCGCUCCCUCCAUAACGGCCACCGCCAGCUUUUGCUACUCCGGCACGCUGGACAACUGUACGGGGCGGUGCGGAACGGCACGGCGGUGGAAUUCUGCGCCCCCGUGUGGCAUGACGACGGGGUCGUGUCGGGUGAAUACAGCAUUGUGCGGAUCGACAAGGACGACGUCGACCAGUACUCGGAUCCCUAUGAGAAUCAGUCGUCUGGCGAGGACGAAUCGGGGUCCGACAAGGGCGAAUCGGGGCCGGACGGAGCGCAGCGACGCAGUCGGCGAUGGCGGCGGUGGUCCUGGGCGCGAUGUUGAUGGCGGUGGUAUGAAUGGUUUUCUAUGAA